AUGCCGAGUUAUGCGAAGUUCAUGAAAGAUAUCCUUUCUAACAAAAGGAAACUUGAAGAGCAUGAAACGGUGAUAUUGACGGAAGAGUGUAGCGCCAUUCUCCAGAACAAAUUGCCUCCUAAAAUCAAAGAUCCAGGGAGCUUUACUAUUCCAUGUGCUAUUGGGGAUCUUAAUUUUACUAAAACUUUGUGUGAUCUCGGAGCGAGCAUUAACUUAAUGCCCUUGUCUAUUUUUGAAAAGUUGGGAAUGGGAGAAGCAAAGGCUACUACGGUAUCAUUGCAAUUGGCCGAUCGGUCAAUUAAAUAUCCUCGAGGUGUGGUUGAGGAUGUCUUGGUACAAGAUGAGCAAGUCACUUUUAACAUCUUGAAAUCCAUAAAGUACUCGUCAGAACCAGAUGACUGUUUUCGGGUGGAUAUGAUUGAUCAUUUGGUUGCCGACUCUCUUUAUGGGCGUUCUGACGACACUCUUGAGAGAUGCCUAGUAAGUUCUUCUGAUAUAAGUGAUGGUGACCCCGAUGUUGAAGGUAUGACAAAGUACUUGGAAGCUACACCUUUCCGCACCUUCAAGAGGGUACCAUAUUAUGAGGAGGUGGAAAAGACAUCUUCAAUACCUCUUCCAUCUCAUCAAAAAGCCCCUACGCCUGAUUUGAAAAUACUUCCACCUCAUUUGAGGUACGCCUAUUUAGGAGAAUCAUCCACACUUCCAGUGAUCAUCUCCAAGUCCUUAACCGAUCUAGAAGUAGAGAAGCUACUUCGAGUCUUAUGA